CCCUUUCUUCAUUCAAAAACAAACAAACAUGGCAGACAGUUUCUACAAGCUGGAAGACGAAGCCUUCCCCAGUUUCCUCUGCAAGUCUCUGGACAGCACCAGCGGCUGCGCCACACUGGGGAAUGUGACAUUGGGUUCAGGCCCAGGACUUCCAGUGGCUGCCUCUACGGUGGCUAAAAUUAGACCCGUGUCAGACAACAGAGGAGAUCCUGUUGAGGCGUCAUAUCUGGGGGGCAGAGAGCUGCAGCAUGCCAGCUUACAGUCAUCUGUUGGAGAACAGCCCAAGUUUGCCCUCAGCUUCAAAGAUGACUUGGACAAUGCGGAUGACUUCAUCGCAGCUCACCGUCUUUCAGACAUGCUGGUGAAGAUUAAUCUGGAUGACACUGCGUCCAGAAACCAAGGAUCCAUGGUGGGACUUCCUCCCACACAGAUGGGCUCAGUCCAUGGCCGGCCCACAGAACUUGGAACAGAGCUGUCAACAGGGCUUCUGACGUUUGCCCAGUUUGGACAUAAAGAUAUUACAGAUGCACAGGUUCAGUCCUUACCAGCUACAGCUGAAGAGGACAAUGUGCAGAGCGAGGGAGUGGACAGUGACCAUUUCAGUGGCAGUAACUCAAGUUUCCUGGCAAAUGAGAAGCUCAUGUCUGUAGACAGCAUGAACAGUGAUAUCACAGAUGAUGACAUUGAUUCAAACAACCUGCCCGACGAUGAGCUGGAGCUGUAUUUUAAUAAGCUGGUGCCUCCUGCCAUGCAGAGAGGCAGAGUGGAGGGCCAGGAGAUUUCUGCAACGGGACUCCCAGCUGCUGCUGAUGACAUGUCAAACCCAAGUUCUACAGAACCAGAACAGCAUAGGUACCACUUCCUUGACGAUUAUGACCAGGAGAGUUUCCAGAUGCCAGUCGUACGUCUGGCUGCCACAGGUAUGGACUCCUGUCCUGCCAGUGACGAGGACACUGAGGAUGAGCUGGAGUCUGCCAGAAGGAACAAUAAUGCUCCCAGGACACGGCUGCUGCCCAGCACCUCCAGACAACUGGUUGGAGAGAGUAAUCGUCCCAGUUUCAGGCCGGGCUUAGAGGGAGGCAGUUCUGAUGAUGAGGCUUCCAGUGGCCGGGGCGGUCCAUCUCUGUCUGGGAUUGAACACAGACGAUCUGCAGAAGGACAAGUCAUCAACCCUCCAGUCACAGGCGAUGGAGGAGGUGGGGAUGGGAGCAGUGGGAGUGAGGAAAGUGGAAACGACGGUGGAGUGUCAACCAUCCCUCUCCCAAUGACUAACGUCCAGACAACCUAUGAUGUCUUGCGUGGGCUGGGGAUCGUGGGCAGCAGUGCUGUUGGUGAAGAUGAGGAUGGUGAUCUGAAUAAUCUGCCUGGACAUGGAAGGAACAGUCUCUCUAGACAUACUGAGAUGGGUGACCGUGUGGGUCCUGUAGGAACGGGAGAGACCAGCUCCUCUUUGGGGGCAUCAGGGGCAACUCAGAGGCUUUCUCCCGUCAACUGGAGCAUGGUCCUGGACCGACAGGAGGCACUGGAUGCCAUGGAGAGCACAGAGUCUGGGCCCUAUGCUGACAGACUGUUGGACUCUGUCUACCUGAGGAGUGUAGCUGGACUCAGGAGACCUCAGAACUCCGUAAACCUAUCUGUCUCUCACCUUCAAGGCACCCUGGGGAGCUUCCACCUCUCCCAGGUUCUGCUCCCAGAAAGCCAUGACGAGGAUGAUGAUGAUGAUGACGAUGAUGACGAUGAUGACGAUGAUGGAGUAGAUGAGCCCGAUGGUUCCAGGCCUUCUUUGGGUUUAAGGGGCGGGCCUUGUGGUGAUGUGACCGGUGCAGAGGCUUCAGGUAACACCAGUGAAGAAGACAACAAUCCCCUCUCCACCUCCCUGGAAGCAAAGUAUUUCUCCCAGAGCUUCCACCAGGAACAAGAAGAUUCAGACGAUGGAUGGAACCACUGCCCAGACGAGCUGGAGUUUCAACAAGGCACCAAUGCCACCCAUAAUGUGGUGUACCAGAAUGAAGAAGGGCAGUGGGUGACCGACCUGGCAUAUUACUCCUCCUUUGAGAAAGAGGUUGAUGGGAAGACAUCGGAAGAUGUUGGCCAGUUUGACACUGAGGACUUUGUUCCUUCCAGCGAUGCCAUGGAAAAGAUAGUUAAGGAUCAAGAAGAAUUUGAGAAGGAGCACCAAUUUAUGCAGGAGGAGAAGAUUGAACCAGCCAGCGGCAACGCCACCUUUCACAGUGACUCAUCUUGGAAGAACCCCACUAACAGCCACAUCCUGAUGAGGGCUUCCCAGGUCUCCUCACACUUUAAGCAGGGAGACCAAAGCUACCUGCGACUGUCCUUAGGGCAGUUUUUUGGACAACGCUCUGAAGCCCUGGGAUGUCUGGGCAGCGCUGAUGAUGUGGAUUUGAUUAAACGGCCAUCCUUUGGCUACAUCAUUACUUCUCCAGAGAAGAGGGAACCAUUUGCCCUAAUCCAUCCCUCCGAGUUCUCAACUGGAAACAACUCUCCUCACAAUGACACUGUGGAACUCAGUGAAGCCGACCAAACUCUCAACCCAGAGGACCUGGACAAAACUCUUGAGGGGCCAGGUGAAAGGAUGUCACCAAAAGGUGAUACUGAUCCAGAACCAUGUAAACAAGAGGACCGUGCUGUUAGACCUGAACUGCCUGACCACAGUGAGGGCUCUGAGGCAAGCCUGGCUAACCAAAGCUGCGUGUCCCCCGACAAUAACAGCAGCAGUCUGAUGCUGAGUAUUAGCACCAUUGCUUCAGCCAUUGCUGACGCGUCCAUCAGCACUGACCCAUCCCAGCUGGCCGCCAUGAUCAUGGAGCUGUCCAAGAGGAGCAGGGGGAGGAACCGAUCGGAGUCUGCAGGGCCUGUUGGACCUGCUGUCGGCUGCACAGAGGAACCACACUCAGCGGAGCAUAUCCUCCUGGAGCCAUAUCAGAGCGCCUUGUUGGACACACUGCAGCGAAGCACCUGUGUUGGAGAGCUGAGCGCCCUUGACAUGGAGAAAUACCUGAAAAAGACUGAUGUGUCAGGUAGCAGCGAGGCCUCGGUAGCACACACUACCUUCGACCUGAGCGGCUGGGCUGAAAACCUCAGCAGCUCCCAAAGGAACCAUCGGGCAGAAUAUCCUGGGGAACAGCAGGACCAACAGAAGUCUGAGGAGAAGGACAGAAGAGGAGAGACAACAUUAAACACUAACUCGUCUGCAGUGUCCCUUUCAAAUGCAUUAACUCCAGGUCAUAAGGAUGAUUCAAAAAGAAGCUCUAUUCCUCGUCCUCGUACAUCUCUCAGCUCUACCAGAAGGUCUGUGGCCUCAGAGCGACCUUCCACUCUCAAGCCCACUGCAGACAAAAUGGCAGCAUUUGAUAACUCUGCUUCUUCUGCCACCAAGACUUGUGGUUCCUCAGGCAGGAACCUCACAGAAAAUGGAUCCAACGCUGUUAGGUCUUCCUUAGAAACAUCACGAAAGGGUGAUAAAAGUCCUGCUGCCUCGCCUGGCUUACCAAAAAGUCCACCAGGCUCGAGGAAAGGGCAGGGUUUUUAUAAAGGUUCUGUAGGCCAGCAGCAGGACAGACGCUCACCAGAGAAGAAACCACCACCCAGGAAUAUCAUGGCUGCUCCACUACCUCGUACCUCCGUGGAGAAACAUGUUGGCUUCUCCCAGCCUUCACUAGACCCUCCACCUGACGUGCUGAAGGGUUUCUCUGAGCCCUGUUUGGAGGAGACGCAGUACAACUUUAGACCGUCCACCUCUCCACUCACUCACUCCUCUCCAAGUCAGACCUCCGUUCCCAGUGCUGAUAGUAUGGUGUCACCUACGUCGUCCAAUGGCGGUCUGGCAGACAAACGUCCAUGUCUUGACCUCUCGCCUCAGUCUACCUGCUCCAGCCCCAGUCUCAGCAGGCUCACAUACAUAUCCAUGAACGAUGGCACGGUCAUACCUACGCCUGAGAGGAAAAAGAAUAACUGCACCAUGGCACUGAGCACCACCAUCAUCAGAUUUAGCCCAACUCCACCCGUGGAACCAGAUGAACAGUCUAACCUCGACGUUCUCGGCAGGCCCAAAAGUCUGGACCAGGUGCAGCUGCAGCAUUCUAAAAGUCUGGACCCUCUACCAGCACAGCAGUGUAAAAGCACAGAGACCUCGUGUAGUGGUUCUUCUCUGAGCUGCACUCGCAGCCAGAGUGAAUGUAACUACCACUGCCCCAGGGACAGAACUGAUCUUUCAGCAGGUUGCAGGAACCACAAGCACCUCUCUAAGUCCAAUGUGAGACAGCUCACUAAAGUGGACUCAGGCUAUUGCAGUAAUCUGAACAUUCAGCAAGCUAGCAGCACUGCAGCUCCUCAGAGCUCUCAGCAGUGGGGAGCUGCUAGCUCUGUGUCAUCAUCGGCGUAUGCUAGUGGCCUUGGCAUGCCUCCGUCCUACACAUCAGAGGGACUUCACUAUGUUCCCAUCCCCAGCUUUAAGCCCCAAUGUGCCGGAUUGAUCGACCUUCCCCAUCAAGGAGAUAUGCAGUCCCUCCUCACUGGACACUCCCUCUUAAACUCCCAGCUGGCUCAGCAGUAUUUGGGACCUAAAGCUCCGUUACAUCCUGGUUCUUAUCAUGUUGGAGCAACAGGAAAUGCUGUCUUCAGCAUGUCCUCAACAGGCGUACCCAACAGUAAUCUCACAGUAAGACAUGUCCAUCCCACAUUAGGUCCUCUGGGCAUUUCCGGGGCUGCUGGGUCCCAUCAGAGCCAGCAGGACAUGGGGAUGAUGGGAAAACCCUACAAUCAAUAUGGUGCAGAGCCCCUGGGGGCAGGUGGCCUUGAGGAACUGAGAGGUCAAGUAGUGGUGCCAGAAGAGCUGCGGUUCCCUCACGCCUGCUGUGUAGGCAUCGCCUCGCAGACCUCCCUCACCCUCUUCAACCCCUCUGAGAGAUGGCAGCAAGUGUCAGUCACUGUCACCAGCCUGGCCAUUGAUGGACAGAAAGUGGAUAGUUUGCCGUACCAGUGGCUUAUCGUGAAGAACAAGACGAUCAUUGGCCCUAAGACGACAGAGGAACAGAAGGUGUUGUUCAUCCCACCACAAGCUGGUGUCUACCAGUGUGUCCUCAGUGUUUGCUCCUGGCCUGCAUCUGCUGAGACCGAGGUUGCUGCCAGGGCCAAUAUCUUUGCUAAAAGGGUGGUGCUAGUUGCCAUAGCAGAGAAUCCUGCACUAGAGGUUGAAGUAAGCAAAUCUGGCUGUCUCGAUUUUGGAGACCUUCCAGGAGGGAGUGCCAAAUCCAUUCCUCUCAAACUGCUCAACAGGACUCAUGCUACAGUACCCAUCCGUCUGGUCAUCAGUGCAAACGCUACGGCAUGGCGAUGCUUCACCUUUUCCAAGCACCCUGUUACCAUGACAUCUGAGGGAACGCAGCAGGCUGGACACAUGACCCCAGUGUCCUCUCCCUCUGUGAUGAAUCACGUGAUGCACGCCAGCUACGGAGAGAAUCCACAGAGCUUUAUGGUCUGGGUUCACUUCAAGGCCCCUCAGAAGUACACAACAUCUUCAGGAGACCUUGGUCCGGCCGAUGAAUACAGUGCUCGGGUGGACAUUGAAGUGGACUCUCCUGGUCCUAGUCAUGUGAUCAGCAGUAUUCCCCUCAGGGCCAGGUCUGGAACUGCAAGGGUCCAUGCUCCUAAAGACCUGCAGACUGUCAGCCUAUCUGCUCCGCUGGGUAAAUCCAGUCAACAGAUGCUGCCAUUAAAGAAUGCAGGAAACAUUGACGUUCAGCUGAAACUCAAGCGUAGUGAUGCUGAGGACAGUUUCUCCGUAACCCCCGAUGAACUGCUCCUGAGAGUGGAAGAGGAGCAAGGCAUUGUGGUCUCUUUUAAAGCACAGGGCAACAAAAAAUAUCGAGAAAGCCUUCUCACCAUCUUGGUGCUGCCAUCAGGUCCUCAGUAUGAGGUAACCCUGAGAGGAGAAGUUGCCCCAGAGGACUCUGGGAAACCUGCCAUUCCCUCUGCUGCCGUCCUUGGUCCUGGUGUGGCCAGUGACGUUCCACCAAUUCUCUCUAAUAAACAGUUCGUAGCCUGGGGAGGGGUCACGCUGGGGCGAGCUGUCCAACAGAAGCUGGUUCUCAGGAACAACUCACCCAACGCCGCGCAGCAGCUCCGGCUGCUUAUUCGUGGUCAGGACCAGGACUGUUUUCAGCUCCAGAGUAUGUUUAGUCCUGAGGAGCGUCUGACACGACAUGGGGAGCUGUCCAUUCGUCCCAGAGAGGACGUGACUGUCCACCUCCUCUUUGCUCCUACCAGGGUGGUCUGCAUGUUGGCCAAGCUGGAGAUCAAACAGUCUGGAGUCCGGCCUUCACAGCCAGGGGUCAAAUUCACUAUUCCACUGUCGGGCUAUGGUGGGACCAGCAACAUUAUCCUGGAGGACCAGAGGAAACAGGCGGAUGGCUAUGUGGCGACAAUGACCGACAUCGCUGUUAACCGUGUCAGCAAAGUUUGCCUCUGCGUGAGAAACACUGGCUCCAGAGCAGCUUUCAUCAAAGCCAUGGCCUACUCUGAUGUACAGACACGAUCGCUUAUGGAACCCUCAGUCAUCAGCCUCGCCCCGUCACAGUUUGUACUGAAGGAAAGGACACAAGAGGUGAUCACUGUGCUAAUGAAGUCCACCCAAAGAGAACAGAACCUGUGUCAGUCUGCUAAUGCACUGCUGGCUACGCUCUGUCUGUUUUGUGGAGAUGAGGUGUCGAGGCAGCAGUACAGGAGAUUGCUUCAGAGCAAACCAGAGGCUGCACGGAAAGCUCUGUCUGAAAACAGUCUGCUGAAAAACAUCGACUUCAAUGAGAAGUUCCUGGGAGAAGAAACUAUUACUGAGACCUACGACCUGCCCCAACGGCCCAAUGAAGCUCACAUCUUCUAUGGAAACAUGAGUAAGAUAGUGGUGUCGUUGAUGGGAAGUACAAAGAGCUCAGACUGUGAGCAGAGCGACCGCACCGAGCUGCUGCUGCCCUCUUCUAGACACGGUUCAGAGACAGACAGUUUGCCCAAUGGCAACGUGUCUCUGGACGUGCUGCCUGUGAAAGGUCCCCAAGGUCCACCACUAAGAGUGACGGAGCCCUCCUUAAAGGCCUCAGAGCCAAUACACAGGCAGUCCGAGUCCUGGACCAUCCAUCCAGAACAACUUGUCCUCGCAGCUCCCACCAUCAAUGGUGCAGCCACCACCAGUCAGGUUCAGAUUCGGAACAAUACCUCCAGAGAGCUGAGCUUUGAUCUGUCCUGGCCUGCUCACUGCCUCACUAUUACCCCUCAGCAUGGAGUCAUUGAGCCUCAGUGCCACCUGCAGAUUUUGAUCAGUCCCAACCCCUCCCUAGCAACCAAAUCUGGCCUGCUGCCAUGGAGUGGACAGAUUUAUGUCCAGUGUGAUGGUCAACAGAAGUUUAUUAAGGUCCAGAUUCGUCGUGACUUGGCUCUGGAUGUCUCAGCAGCCCCUGCAGACACGAGUCUGUCAGCUCUGCCUCCUCAGGCUGCCACACCAAUCUUGCCUUUGGCCAGGUUCACCACCAAGAACUUGCUACCUCCACAGUCCCCACUGGCACCUCAAGCCCUCGUGGAGAUCAGCAACAAGACCAUUAUCUUCCCCACAACUCCCUCAGGGGAAACCUCAGAGGCCCAGCUGGAGGUGCAGAAUGGGGAAGUGGAAGUGAGGUGGUACCUGUCAUCAUUUGCUCCUCCAUAUGUCAAGGGGGUUGAUAACACUGGAGAUGUUUACCGGGCCACUUACACCGCUUUCAGAUGCUCCAGGGUGUCAGGCACACUCGGAGCACAUGAGAAGAUGCAGGUGCCCAUUACUUUCCUGCCCAGAGACAGAGGGGACUACGCCCAGUUCUGGGACUUAGAGUGCCACCCUGUGUCUGAGCUGCAGCAGAAAACUAGAAUCCGCUUCCAGCUCUGUGGCACGGGAAUAAAGUCUGGACCAGUGGAAGGACCACAGGAAGGUGACUGCUCACUGGUGAAGACAGAGCCCACAGUCAAGACCAGGAAGAGAGCUGAUGCAUCAGCAGGGAAAACCAGUCAGGAGGAGGCUGUGCGGAGGGGUGUGUAUUCUCCACAGGAACUCUACACCUUCCCAGCCACACGGGUUGGCGAGUCCAGCACUGUGAAGGUCAACAUCCGCAACAACUCAACCGACACGCAUGAGCUGAAAUUUGUAAACCCUAGGGAGCCCUUCCACAUCAAGCAUUCCAAAUAUUGCCUGAGAUCACAGCACUAUCUGAAGCUACCCGUCCAGUUCAAGCCCAGUACUGCAGGCAGACACGCUGGCUUUCUGCUCAUCCAGUCAGAAACAAGUGGAAGUCUUGUUAUUCAGCUGACCGGUGAGGCAUCGCCUUGAAUUCAACCAUCUCCCUUCCUACGCCACCUCUUCAUGCUGGCUGGCUGGCUUUGGGUGGAUGCUCUCCUCUGUACUAUUCAUCAUGGGACAGACGAGAGUAACAGAGAGGAAAAAGGCAAAAAAAAAAAGAAGAAAAGAAAGAAACUGCUAAAAAUGAAAUAAAAGCAGCCCUGGACUUAAAUCCUUCCUCUCGUUGUAUUUGGAGACGUCGACUGUAGCUGAUUAACUGGAGAUGACUGAAACUACUGCCAGCACAGGCCUGUCUGCCUCUGGAUGUGGCACAGGUGUCCUCAGCUGGCCCAUGAAAAAUGAUUGUGCCUGUUGGUUGCCUGAAGCUGAAUGAUUUGGUCUGACUGGCUCACAAUUAGUCUGGCCCACUCUGGCAUUUCAGAGAGCUAAUGAUUUUUGUCACUUGACUCUGGAUCUGGUAUUUGCCUUAUCCCUGAGUCAUGUCACAAGGCAGCAUUGUUGUUGCCAUGGCCCCUGUCAGACAGGACCAGUCGGGAUACGUUGGGGAUUACUUUGAGUUGGUCACACAGGAAUGUCUUUGUCUCUUGUUUGGUAACAUGUCUGCAGGGGAUUUGUUUCUUUUUUUUCUCUUUGCUUUUUAAAAUGCCAAACUAAAAAUCUAAGAAUGGUUCUGUCCACAUUUGUUCUUCUCAAACCUUAUUAAGUCAUUUCUCUUAUUAACUUGUGUUCGUAGCAAGACCUCAGACAGUUUAAAGAUUCUGUUUUUUUAAAAAAUGACUGAUUUUUCAAAUCCAGGUCUGCGUUCAUUUCAUAAAAUGUUCCCAAUUUUCUGUGCUGCUUUGGUUUCUAAGGAAAUGGCUCCUUGUCGUGCAGAGCCCACCUGCACCGUGGCCUUUGUCAGCACCAUGUGUUGACUUCCCAGCACCCUCCAAGACUGGUUCCAAACAGUCCAGAUGUACUUAAUUUAGUCAUGAUCAGGGCAGCUCACAGCAACAUUAGGAUGGUUAAUGAUUGUUAUUACAUGCUAAAAGAGUUUCCUCUGGUGGGGUUUUGUUCGGCAGCGUGCCAGGCCUGCUCAGUAUGGUUACCAUGGCAAAACAGUGUUAAUCACUGUUCCAGUCACAGAAAAUUAGCUACCCAUUUCCUCUUUGGCUCUGGGGCAAAUGGCCAAAAUUGCUUAGGGGUAUUGGAUUCACAUCCGUAAUCUGUUUUGAAAGUGGAAUGGCAUGGGGAAAUGUACGUAAACUUCAUCAAGGAUGUAUUGUUAAGCUGUUAGAUGCCACACACUGUGACAACACUUUGGAAAUGAAAACACUAGUGUGGAGUGUCACUCUCCUGCUUGUAGAGCAAGUUUGAAUAUGAAGGCAGUAGAUUGUCACAGGCUGCUCUCACCAUACUGACAGCUAACCUGACACACUUUGGUUUACACUUUGCACAUGAUUUAAAUAGUAUAUAAUGUAAUAUAUUGUAUGUACACAUUUUAAAUAAAGUUUUGUGAUAAAUAAA